AUGGUAGAAAUAGCAGAUCCAUCAUUUGGAAUAAGAGAAUAUGAAAUGUUUAAACAAAAUUUAGCUAAACAAACACUUCGUAAUAUUAGAUUACAUCAUGCACAAUCAGAUGAAUCAAUUAGUAAUACAGAUAUUUGUUAUGAAAAUAUGAUGCGAUUUAAAAAAUUUGCUGAUUCAUUAAAUUAUAACGGACCUGUUGCCACCAUGACGGAUAAUACGAAAUUAAAAGAAAGUCUUAGUUAUUCAGCAACUUUAGGUUGUGUUAUUGGAUCAACCUUAUCAGUUUCUGAAACAAAAGUAUCAAAUUAUGAAGAAGUUAUUACAAUCAUUGAUAAAAUAAAGGUUGAAAAUACUAUAGCAAAACAAGUUCAAAUUUAUUUACUUCAGAUUCCCUUACCCAAAAUUCCACCGAUAGUUAUUGGUUUAAUUCCAAAUAAUAAUAAAGAAAAAGCUGCUGAUAUUUUUGCUUAUCAUCAAAAAGUUUUACAAUAUGCAGCGCAAUUGAAGAUUAAUAUUGUAUCAUUUGGUUCAGAUGGAGCAGCAAAUGAAUUCAAUGCACAAUUAAUGUUAAUGAGUACAUCAACUACUGAAAAUAUUAUUUUUGAAGAUCAAUUGUACAAUAUAAAGUUUAAAUGUCCUGUUUUUCCUGGAAUCGGCCCAGAAAUUCGAACUGGAAUAGCAAGAUAUGAUCAAAUACUUACACUUACAUUUUUAGAACAAGUAUAUGAUCAAAAUGGUUCACAAGAUCCUAAUAAACAUGGUUUAUUUAUUUAUCUUUUUGUAAUUGGUGAGUUGAUUGAUGCAUAUCAAAAUCAUACUAUUUCACAUAAAGAAAAGUGCCGAAUGGUUAUGUUAGCUUAUUUUUUUCUUUAUAUGUGGAAUAAUCAUAUUGAGCAAAUUCAAAAAGAUCAUCCAGAUAUUAUUGAUAUAAGAAAAAACUUUCUUGCGCCUCAAACAUUUAAAAUACUUAUCAGUUUAGCAGAAUCGUUGAUUUUACUAAUAUUGGCAUAUCGAGAUUAUUAUCCAACUGUUCCGUUAUGCACAUGGAUUCACAGUUCAGAACUAUAUGAACAUUUUUUUGGAUUAACAAAGAUAUACAGUGAAAAAACUUCAGCAGAAGGUUAUAUAGUGAAUUAUUAUGAAGAUACCAUAGCUGAUAAUAUUGGUAAUUUAUUAGCAUAUCCCACAAAUGAAGAAAUGCAUUUAAUUAUUCAUGAAUCUCAUGAACAGGCAAUUGCAUUUGCUCAAAUUCUAGAAUUUGUUGGGUACAAUUAUGAAAAUUUAAAUCAGGAUGACGAUAAAAUGGAAAAAGCUGAUAAUUCUGAAUCAGAUGAAAUUAGCAAGGCUGCAGAUUUGGUUAACAUAUGUAAUAUUAAUAUUUUUAAUUCGGGAGAUGAUGAUAAUUUAAUUAUAAAACAAAGUCAGGCAGAAAUAAAUUUAAUGUAUAAUCAAUCAGAUAAAAUAAUUACUCAAGAUGAUGAAACAACAUUUCAAACCGGAAUUAUAUUAUCAUCAGGUAAAUUAGAUAUUAAAAUUUUAGUAUUACAGCGCCGUAAACAUGAAUCUUAUUCUAGUCAAAGAAUGGAGAGAAUUCAAGUGACACAAAGAUUUCAAACGGAAUUAAAUUUUAAUCCUAAUAAGGUUAAUAAUAUUAUAGCUUUGAAUCAAAAUAAUGGUGCGAGAUCUAGAAUUUUAAGAGUAAAGAGAUGGCAAAGUAGAAAUCGUUUAGAAACAUUAGAAAGAAUACUUCAUGCUCCAGCCUUGCCAAGAAUUUGCGUUGCAAACAUUACUCCAGAAGAUCCUGCCAAAAGUGGUGGUUAUGCAUUUGCUCUUCUAGGGUCAAAAAUUUAUCUCGUCCGGUUCUUGGCAAUAUAUCGUCAAUCAUCAAAUUACUAUUCUUAUGUUGAUGAUAAUGUUACUUGUAUUGAUUCACUUUCCUAUAUUUCUGUAUGUGUUUAUGAAGAAAGAGUACCAAAUAUUUUUGGAUGUUUUUCAAUAGCCAGUCCUAAAUAUAUCUUAUACUCGCACAUUUCUAGCAAUUCCAUCAUUUAUUAUCUAGGAAAUUGCGAAACAUGUAAAGAAAAUAUGGGAUUUAUUAUAGUUGGAAAAAGAGAAAUGGAAAUUUAUAAUUUUUUUAAUUCAGUAAAAGACAAAUUACAAUUAAUAUUAAAUAAAUAA